CCCCUGUGCCCGCCUGUGCCCGCUGACUGCGGAUUUCAAAACCAACGAAGGCCGAGUGGGCCCCGUGGGCUGCGUGGGCCCCUCCACGGCUCCGACAAGGACUCCAGACGGGUACGUACCCACAAGGUACAUCCACCUGGAUCCUCAGAGGUACCUACAUGCUUCCCGGUCCUGCCAGCGUUCGUGCGAAAUCCCAGCCUGACCGUCUUUUCGCCAAAGGAAUUAAAAGAAUCGUCUCCCUCCCCUUUCGGCAACCCCUUGAGAUCCUGAGAUCCCUUUUUCCUCACCAGUCUCAGCCAUAAAACAAACAGUCCAGUUGAUCAAGCUCACUUCCAACAUCAGAAGCCACUUUACUAUUACCCAACGGUAGACUUACUUAUACUCGGUGCUCGACAUCACCCACAUCAUCAUCACCUCACAUAGGCUUUUUUGGCCUUUCGACUCCAACAACGCCCACCCAUCACUCCAGGGAGGCGAGCAAGCGGUGACUGCACACAUCCCUGUCCCGCAAUUCGGACCCGCACCGGUAUUGGCUUGCCUUGAGUCACCGACUAGCACACAGACAACAACAAUUCCGCCCACUAUUGCACCAUCUCGCACCACAAUAAUAAGAGAAGAGCCUGCCCCUCUUCCUCCCAUUUUCACAAUGCCUUCCGCAACACCAACAACAGCCUCACCCUCGCCAAUCCUGGCCUCGCCCAUCAAGAAGAAGACCAUGAGCCUCACACAGACCUACUACCUCGCCCACAAGGCACGGGCAAAGCUGUCCCACGAGGCUGCCAUGCCCGACCACAACCUCCGCCUCCUCGUCGGCCACGCCAACCUGCUCGACAGCCUGAUGCUCGAGCUCGCCGACGCAGAGAGGGAGCAGGAGUCCUGGUUCAACCAGUCGGUCAGGAACGCAUCGCACGAACAAGAGAAGAAGGCCGAGAGCGACAGGCACAUCCAGUGGGCCGACACCAUCGUCGAGGACGACGACUACUCGGACUCGGACUCGGAGUCGGACGACAGCGACAUGGAGGACGACGAGGACGUCGAGAUGGCCGAUGUUGUCUCACUGAGGCGGGUGCCCUCAAACACCAACUUCCAGAAGAGCGCAGCCCCCUCGAGCCCCAGGAUGGAGGUCGUCGAGGUCGACAUGGAGGAGGACGAUGACGAGGAGGAGGACUUUGCCGAGCUCACCCUGAAGAGGUCACCAUCACACUCCCUGACCAACUCCCCACCAGAGCUGGAGCAGGACUUUGACGAGUCGUCCGAGGACGAGUCGAUGCCCCCAUCACCGCCCUCGACGAUGCUCCCGACCUUUGAGCAGAAGCAGAAGGAUCCAACAGUCGCUGCGACACCCGACUUCUACGACGACGGGUACUACCUGCCCGCGAGGAACCCCGCAAGGCUUGUGUCUGCGAUCUCAGUCUACUAAAGAGCCUGAUUUCCCACCACACAUCCCACAACCUUGCGUUCUCCUCUCGUCUUCUAGUCCAGCGAUUUCGUUCGAUACCACUUCUGCAUAGCACCGGCGUUGGGAUUUGUCUAUGAUACCACAUUUUCGGCAUCAAUGGUUUACGGUCAUGGUUAUUUAAAAAGGGCAUCAACUCCAAGUGUGGAGUAUCAUAAUGCAUUUUGUCACCACUCAAAAGAGGCAUACAAGGCAUACAAGGCAUUCAGGGGGAGGAUUUCACGGGGCUCUGUAUUAGGCUACAUCUGGUCAACUCGCUCCCUGGCUCAUCUAGCUCUAGGUUGAGUGAGGUGCACGGCACACAAACGGGCCGUGGCGGCACAGAGGCAGAGAUCUCACAGCUCUACCGAACUACAUACGCAUAACAAUCCAAUUCAGAAUUCGGACAAAAA